AUGGCAGCCCCCCAUCUAAAGGCUGCCCUACUGUCUGCGAUGGAAUGGAACAGAAGAGGUUGCCGCGCCAUUUGUUUGGGAAAACAACCAGUGGAUCCGAGCGGAGUUGCAACUGGUCCAAAUCGCCGACGGGAACUGCGAACGGGAUCCAAGGAAGAUCCCAUGCGGGACUUUAACGCCGAUCUUCAAGGUCGACGUCAUGAUCCCAUCCUGUUUUCCCGCUUGCAAGCAGAGGACGCCAUGACAAACUGCAAGCGCGGCACUACUCUGGCCUCCCGCGAUGCGAGCGUCAUUCUCUCCGCUCAUCAAGCCGAUUUGGACAAACCCAAGGUCGCAGCUCAUGUCAAGCCACAGACGCCUUCAUCGGCGACGCAAAACCCUGCGGGAAAUAGGCGGCGGCUGUGCGGUAAGGCUACUUCACAGGAUGCUACAGGUGUCCCAAUGGAAGCCUCGUGGUUUGUGGUACAGAAGCCCGCUGCCUCGACGGUGCAGUUCGAGUUCCCAACCACGACCCUCUCGCUCGCUCAAGCGAGAAUUCGCCGCGAGGCACUUCGACGCCUAAUCCGUAUCCAUGCGCUCAACUCGUCAUGGAACCCCAGCGGCGGAUGGGUACCCGCAGAACCAUCCUCGCCAGAGCCGCGUGCUCCGACAUGCGUACACCCGGCUUCUGUCGUGCCGCUGUUGCAGAGGAGCGCCUUCUUGAUACUUGAGCUGUGCAACAGCCGUGGACCUAGCCUUCGAACCGACAACUUUGUCGGCAGUAGAGCCGUCGUUGGCCACGCCGCAAUGGCCGGCGCGCAAUUGAUUCACAUCCACCGUACACUCUGCUCUGAGACGAUAUUGGAUCUCGAGGGCGCUGAGCAAAAGUCUCUCAUCGCUUCCACCGCCGGGCUCACCUCGCAGCAGUUGCUGGAGCGACGCCGCGCACAGAACAAGCUGGCCCAGCGACGCUUCCGCGAAAAAGCUCGUUUGGCACGUGCAAUGGGCUCGGCGUCGGCGUUGAGCACCGACCCUGGCUUUGGUCCCAACCCUGGCUUUGGCUCUACCCGGCAUCUCGCCCUUCCCGCUCAUCUCGACCUCAGCAGUGCUUCCUCGCAUGACGACGUUCAAGCCAGGGGACGUUCGGCAUCAGCCGGCUCCGCCUGCUCGUCAUCGUCUGCAUCGCAGUCCUCGCAGAUGUCGAGCCCCACGUCGAGUUGCGCCGAGCUUCUUACGCCCGUCAUGCCCACCUUCAUCGAGUUUGCAACGCCCCGGGCGGCCAAGGGGCACACCGAUGUUGAAGCGUCUGCGCUCCUGGAUCAUGAUCUCAAGGCCGAGCAGGACUGGGCUCCGAUUGCGUCCUUGUACGCCGAUAGCUACGCGUCGUUCGACCCAAGCCAGCAUAUUCCUACGCCAAUUAUGGCUGCACCCGCACCAAUGACAUUCUCGAACCUGGCCUGCCCCUCGGGCGUCAGCUGCAACAUUGGACUCAAGAUCGUCGGGAUGCACUCGGAUCCGCUUCUUCUGAAUCAAGCGCUGCCCAGUCCCUCGGUUCUACCGCCCCCCUCCGCAAGCCACUCGAUGCCCUCGAGCACAAUGUUCAUGACCUUCGAGCCAAUGGCUCCGGUUGAGCCUGCGGCCUCCUUUGACUACCUGCUCCGGCUUCCUUCAACCCCUUCGUCUGCGUCAGACUCUAGCGAGGCGGCCAGUUAUCCGAGCACAGAUAUCCCCUCAUCUGUGCCCUUCGACAAGGUGAUCUCCGAACACAUCGCGCGGGCGACCCCCCGGCUGUCCCAGCCGACGCGAUCCGUCGCCAUCCCGUCGCUCUCCUUUGCAAGCAUUGUCCAGGCGAUCGCAUCGCGCUUUGGUCUAGCACAUAGCGGGAAUGGCUUGCCAGGACUGCUUUCGCGCCUCGAGCUCUUCGCCAAGUCUGGCUGCGCCGAUGAGGAGCCAGCCAAGGGCCUGGUCUUUGAUGCUGCCAUCGACUGGGACUCGCUGAGCUCCAACAUGCUCCCUACUACGGAGCAGCUGCUCCAUCCGCACCGAGCCUUCUUGGACGCCUGUCUGCCGUGGCCAGCCGUCCGAUCACGCCUGGUCAAGCAUGCGCUGGCUCAACCCGUGUGCGAAGAGGAGCUCGCCUUGGACCUGCUUCUCUCGAUCCUGUCCACCGACGAGGGUGUCGCUUCGUUCCACGUCUACGGCGAUGACGUGCUGGAUCCCGAGGCGUGGGAGCUCAGCGAGCGCAUGCUGCAAAAGUGGUGGGGCCUGUUCGACGACUCGAUCCUUCGCAGGACCAACUGGUGGCGACGCCAGCGUGGCCUCACCGAACUCUCUAUGCCUGCGCCAACGAACUCCAGCAACGCAUUCGAGAGGCAGGGCCUUGGAUCCGGCUCACUCGAACAGGCUCACCGCCUUGCUUCCACUUUGCUUUAA